AUGCCGCUAGCGAUGAAUAUAUUCAAAACAGCCUUUAGGUCGGGCUUUGCUCGUCCCGGUGUGGUGAGCAGAUACCCAUCCUUAAUCACCAGCACCAGCACCAGCACCACUACCGCCAUUGUCACCAGAUCAUUUGCCCAGACAGCAUCGCUUCUAGCACGUACCAAGAAUGAUAAAUUCUUCAAGAUCACCAAACAAUCCAAACAUAUCGAUGAGACCGUAUAUCAUAUAGGCCAAGAUGCCACUGAGGGUGUAUCAAUCCCCAAGACCGUGCCCCAAUUCCCCAAGUACAAGUAUGAAGCAUUGUUCAUGAAGAGACAGAAUCGAGGCUUGUAUCACGGAAGACAACGUAAGAAAUCAAAAACAUGUUCAGAGUUUUUAAACAAAAACUUGAGAGCACACAAGCCAAAUAGACAGGUCGCCAAGAUAUGGUCAGAAGCCAUGCAACGUCAAUUCAAAGUACGCGUCUCAACAAAGUUCUUAAGAACAAUGACCAAGGACGGUGGUUUGGAUCAAUACCUUUUGAAAUCUACUCCGGGAAGGAUCAAGACCAUGGGAUUGUUGGGAUGGAAAAUGAGAUACAACUUGUUGAACCGUUUGGCAGAAUUGGAAAGAGGCCAAGCCCAAGUAGGCAACGAAACGAAACAAAUUACAUAUAUUCACAAAGAUGGAAGAAAAUUCCUUGCUACGAGAGAAGAAUUGUUGGCAAGGUUGUUUGAACACGUACAGAGAGAUAGUUACUAUCCUUUGAAAAGCUGGCAAUUCGAUAAAGAAUACUCAUGGUUGCCUAUGAAUGAAAUUGUUACGAAAUUAGACGGAUAUAAGAAUGACUUUACUGGUAUGGUCUUGUAG